AUAUUGGGCCCAUGGGCGAAAAAAAGUCGCCGUGUUGCUGCACUACUGAACGUCUUAGUUCACUGUAGGUAAACACGUUAAACAUGCUCACGUUCUUUCAUAAAACAUUGUUUGUCAGCUUGUCGUUCUUGUUCAUUCAAGGACUUCAAGCACACGACCAUCAUGCGCACCAUCACGGCGCUUCGUUACAUUGUCUGUUCAAGGUAAAUCGGUCAAACGUUUGUACGGACAACGCCAAAGGAUAUCAAACGGAAAUCCAAUAUUUGUUCAACGGUAUUUCGCACGAAGUUCACGAGAAAUUGUUGUCUGGUUCUCCGAUGAAUUUGACAGAGAUUGCAACUUUACCGGCCGACCUUUUAUACUUUAUACCUGUUAACAAAUUAGGGACUUUACGCGUAGAUAACUUGGUUUCGAUUUUACUGACACACGAGGACAACAGUGUUUUGGCCAAGAAAAUAUUUCAAUCGGUUUCGGGCAACGCACGGACAUUUGAAUUCUUAAACAUUUUGACCCAAAGGCCAAUAAAAAACGAACGGAAUUUGAACAUCCUCGGCGAAACGGUUUACAAAUGGAAGAUCGAACUCAAUAACGGUAAAUUACAAAAACUGACCCUCAUUUGCGGUCAUGCCUAUGCCAGAUUAUGGUCUCCUUAUAUGCUUACUCAGAGCAAGAUUAUGGCCGAAGUACUCUUUAAUAAUCUGGAACAGUCAGAAGAACAUUCACAUAGAAGAAUGUGCGUGAAUUCAAGUAAUGUCGACUGGAAAGAUUUGUCAAAAAAUGUCAAAAGAUUAUGGUCAUUCUUGGCAGUGAAAUAUUCAUAUCCAAAACCACUGGAUGAAUGGAGUUCCGACGAAAUUGACCGGUAUAAUUUUCUAUUGUUGGGUUUGCGUAAUGAUGAACUAAGUAGAUUGACAUUUAAUGACCAAUCUACAACUUUAUUACACAAGACCGACUUCGAUCACGCGCAAGCCCGCUUUUUGUUUUAUACGCUAAUGCAAAACCAAACUCUGGGAUAUAAUAUGAUCCAUUAUAAAUCGUUUAUUUUUAAACUGUCGCCAAUGCAAUUAGAUGAAUUCCAACCCUACGAAUUCCAACUUGAUGAAUGGGCCAAAGAAAAUCAACUUUUUAGUUUUGCCGCAGCUAAACAGAUAUUUAAUAAAAUUGCAAGGCAACGGUAUCUCACUAAACCCAAUUCCACCAAAAGCUGGUCGUUUGACGACUUAAGACAUCUCCCGUUACUUUACACUCAACCUCCAUCUGUACUUAUGAAAUUCUGUGAUUUUCCGCUGAAUACUGAAUCGCUUAUUUCUGCAGAUUCUUCUAUGAUUUCUGCCAGACAAGCAUUUUAUUUAAGCGGUUGCAGCAGUAUGUUGUCGCUUCAUAAAAACAAUCAAGAACUCUUGCUGGGUUUAAACUACCUACUCAAAGCUCUUCCUGUUUCUAGUCUGAUGACGGCAGGCGAGGGAUUUAUCACUUACCAAGUGGUGUGUCAUUUAGUGGCUAAAGUCGAUGAGUUUAAUUUACCGUUAGCUCUUCAACUGUUGGACACAAUCAACCAAGACAAAAACAUAGUUUAUAUUGAAGAAAUGCUUAAAAAUGAUCGCAAUAUACUGUUCGAACAACUGUCGCCAGCAGACAUUACAGGUCCUUUGUUUGAUGGUUUGCAACAACUGUAUUCUAAUUAUAAAGAUAGAAUAGACAGACUGCCUAAACACAUAAUUAGAUCGAUUUUGGAAGAUGACGACUUAUUAUUCAAAUGGACUGGCAAUAAAUCGAUAGGUAUAUCUCACGGACUUUACAACGGGUAUACAUGUGGUUUCAUAAAAAAACUCAAUGGAGUCGAGUUCAUUGAAUCCAUUUACAACUUCAAUAAUUAUCUCGAGCGUCAUGGCAAAAUGUUCCCAAAGGAUUUACAGCCGUGCUUUGCCAAAGCAUUUAUGAAAUAUCUGCACUUGAAAUCCGUUUUUUCAGUCGAUAAUCCAUCGGUGUUAUUUUUGGAAGAAUGGGAAAUAGAAGCAGUUCGAGGAUUCGUUUUAAUUACUCUGCCAGUUGAAGAUAUCAUCAAGUCGGACCUGACCGAUUCUAUAGUUUAUGCCAUCGGCCGGCUCAGCCUUCCUGAACUUUUGAUCGCUGCUCCAAAAUCGAAAAUCCAAAAUUUAGUUCAUCAAUACAUUGACACUGUCUUUAAGAAUUCAUCAGUUUUAAACAUAGAUCAUUUAUACACACUGGGCAAUCUUACUCAUUUUAUUGGUUUUGAAUAUUUGAGCAAAGUCGACGGAAAAGCAUUCAAAAUUUUAUUAGAAAUUGGCUUGUUCGAUACUAGGAUUUGUUUUGGCGCAAACUCGAAGGAUCAAUGGGCAAAUCUUGUGAUUCGAGCUUUCGGAAAUCCCGAUUCGUGGAUGAUCGAUACACUGGUGACGUUAUCAGAUUCUUUGAUUGUGUUAAAUGAAACACAGUUAAGUUCCAUACCGGUUAUGUCUCGUCUGAAUUCAGCGGAUAUCAUUAAAACCCAUUACGCUGAUAUCAUAGAAUGGAUGCCUACUAACGUUCCAUUUUACGAAGCUUGUAUGCUGUUCGAAAAUUAUGAUCGACAUUCUGAAUUCACGAGAGCUCUGUCGGACCUUGUCGACUUUCAUCUUGUUUCCAUGCAGAACCAAUUGCAAAGGAUCAGUUCAGUCGAAGACUAUCGUCGAACCGAAGAAGGCAUUCCGUCGCAAGAAGUGAAUACCAUCACGGUGUACGUUCCCGAGAAGACCGAAGACUACCAUUCCACCGACAACUCAUCAAUAUUUAGUUUUUUUCAUGGCCUGUUUUUCGCCGGAAAACCAAAUCAAACCCUGGACAACAACAGUUCUAGCACGACGAAUAGCAGUCCUAUCGGUGUUGUAUCCACACUUGAACCCGAUACCGAUGUGGCGGGCAGUGAACAAUUUACAAGCACACCGGAAACGACGAGUCCGAGUCCGACGACACCGGAAAAUUACAAUUUGUACGUUUCGAAAGGCAACGAAAGUACCGAGAAAGUGGACUACGCGAUUGUCGCUCUGUCGGAUAACAAACGCGAUUUGCCAUCGCACUAUCGUACGGCCGAAACAAAUGCGACUCAACAAACGACAACACCUGAGAAUCCAACGUUCAACAAUGGAGACGCCGGUCAAGCGUCUGCUGAAACGUCCAGUUUCAGUGCAUCGGUCGAGUAUUCCUAUUCAACCACCGAAAGUGUUGAACUCGGUUUCGUUUCUGAAACUACAAUAGUGCAACCUAUUACGGACGACGAAAUCAGGAGAAAGAGAUCAUCGGACCAACAGUUUUUCAAUUGGACAAUACGGAUCGGUUGCGACGCCAUCAGAGUUUUGGGUCCGGCUUCGGUUAUGUCCUCGCGGUUUGAAUCCAUUGUAAACGACAUGACCGACGACGAGCUAAACGAUUGUGCGGAUUCGUUGGGAUCGUUUCAACUCAAUUCCACUGUAGCCGAUCUCGUGUGGCCUAGAAUACAGGAAAAGCACGCUCUGCACACGUAUGGAUCUGUGUUAUCUGGAAUAUCGUCGGACGACGUCCGAACAUUGAACUUGGAUAUCCACAGACCUUGGACGUUGGAGUUGAUCAACUCGCUCGGGAAACACGUGACGUCCAUGUCGGCUCGCAAAGAGAUCGCCAAUCAGUUUAUGGCCCAAUCCGAAGAAAACAACAGGAAAAUGCCGCCAUACCUUUGGGGUUUGUUCGGGUCUCUGAUGUGCCAGCUACAGCCGCGGACAGUGCAAUUGGCUAUGCUGACUAAAGAGUUGUUUUGGAAAAGCAGUUCAGCUUUUACGACUAUCACCACUUGCGACGAACCUUGUGUGAAAAAUCUUGCGUCCAUAGCAAUCUCCAAGGUCGGACAAUCGGACACUUGGAAGACUGCCGAGGUAGAACGCAUGGGAAUCAUAGUAUCAGGGAUCAACACUACUCAAUGGAAAUUGUUAUUGGACAACAAUCCCGGUGCUUUAGAAGGACUUACAUCGCAUGCCGUCGAAUGUCUUCAUGAACCUCAGAUUAAACUCAUGAACGAAACCCAUUUCAGCAGUUUAACGCCGAAAUCUGCAUUUACCAUGUUAAAGAAUCAUUUCAAACACUUAGAUGUGAAACAACAGGAAACGUUAUCGAAAGUGAUUGACUUUGAGAUGAACGCCACGUGGAUAACGGCGCCGGCAGUCGUGGUGCCCAUUUCGAAUUCCGAUUCCCAGAUUCCCAAAUCGAGAUUCCCAGUGGAUCGGCAACGGGAACAUGUCGUGAAAAACGCUUUCGCGAUAGGCGGAAUGAACCUGGGCAGCGAUAGCAUCAACAAUCAAAUGCAAGCUGAUUCCAAAGCUGCCACUUUAUGUCAUACCUUACUUCUUACUACUCUAAGUCUUUUUGUUUUAUUGUUUGUUUCCAAAUGAUAGAUACGAUUUUUUCCGUCAUUUUUUAUUAUCGCAUUGUUGUGUUUAUAGAAUAUUUUUUUACAUUACACAUUGUUUUUGAAUUAUUUAUUGAUUAAAAUUUUCUCAGAAAUA